AUGCGCUUCUCCACCAUUGUCUCCGUCGCCAUCACUACGCUCGGCUUUGCCGCAGCUAAGCCCACUGAGUCCCACGGUGCUGCUUCUGGCAAAUAUCUGUUCUCGCGCUCCACCGCAGCCUGCGAUUGCGAUGGCGUCAGGGGUUGCUGCAUCAACGACUGCAAUUUGAACGAGAACUGCUGCAACACCACCUGCAUGGACAGAUUCCCGGGCUGCUACAACGCCUGCUAA